AAAAGAAAAAAAAAACAAACAAAACAAAAACAGAGUAGCAGCAUAAAAGUUGAAGGUGAUUGGUGGGUGAAGCUAGAGUUGCCAUCAACACUUGUAAUUCAUAUAUUGGUUAGUCUCUCUCUUUCUCUCUAUCUCUAUUAUAAUGUUGUCAUGAACUCUGUUUCUUCAUUUGGAACCGACAUGGCUCCUAACACUUGGGAUCUUCUCUGCCUCUUCCUAGGAAUCUGAAGCUCACACUCUCGAACAGAUCUUUCAUCUUAGCAUCAUUGAAUAGCGACUUCCUUUAGUUUCUAGUUUCUAGACUUUCUGUGUUGGAUUUUGGAGAUGGCUAUGCAGACUAGUCCACAGAUCUCUUGGUGGAAUGCUUUUGGAUCUCAGCCGUUGCCUCCGGUGAGUCUUGCCGGAGAUUCUGACUCGUUCGGAUCUGCCGUAGAGACAGAACAUGGUGUGGAUAAACAGAACAACUCUGCAACUCACUUGGCUUUCUCACUUGGUGAUGUAAAGAGUUCAAGAGUUGUGGCAAAGCCUCAUGGAGCUGCUUUCUCAAUGCAACCACCUUGCUUGGAACUUGGAUUUACUCAGCAACAGAUGUAUCCUUGUGUUGAACAAGGAUACUAUGGAGUUGUUUCAGCCUAUGGAUCUCAGAGCAGAGUAAUGCUUCCUCUAAACAUGGAAACAGAAGAUGGAACAAUCUUUGUGAACUCAAAGCAAUACCAUGCCAUCAUCAGGCGACGCCAAUCACGUGCAAAGGCUGCUGCUGUUCUUGACCAGAACAAACUGAGUAGCAGAGGCCGUAAGCCAUAUAUGCAUCACUCUCGCCAUCUCCAUGCACUGCGCCGUCCUAGAGGAUCCGGUGGAAGAUUCUUGAACACUAAAAGUGGAACCGAUGCAAAGAAAGCUGAUGGAACUAAGCAGACUCAGAGUCAGGCUAUGUCUCAGCAAAGUAACUCUCAGAACUCUGAAGUUCUUCAUCCGGAAAGUGGGACCAUGAACUUAUCUACCGGACUAAAUGUGUCUGGAUCAGAAGUUACAAGCAUGAACUACUUUCUGAGUUCUCCGGUUCAUCCUCUUGGUGGCAUGGUGAUGCCUGGCAAGUGGACUGCAUCAGUAGCAGCAAUGGAUAAUGGCUGCUGCUAUUUCAAAACCUGAUAUUUUACCUUUGUUUCUCAGUCAACUGGAGAUAGAGAGGAGAGAACUCUUUGUCUUGGAAAAGGACAAUGAGUUUUUUCUUUUUAUUCUUGCAUUUGACUGUGGACAGGCAAAUCAUCUUUGGCUCAUUCUCUCCUUUUCAGGGUCUCCUAAAGUAACCGCGAGAAGCUGUGCGAGCUUCUUGAACGGAAUCCAAAGUUAAUGCAAAUGCUUCAGAGUUAACGCUGAAAGGGGGUUUUGUAAUUGUUCGUUGUGACAGGACGACUACGGCAACUGUGAGAAGAAAGAGCGACCACUUAGCAAAGUAUAUCCCUCGUUUACUAGUUGUUUCUCCAUUCAUGUAAUGUUUUAACACAGAGCAUGUACAUUGUUUCAGUUGAUGUGUAGACAUAAGUUGUAAAGUAUGGAGAGCUUGUUUGUAAGCUACGGACACGAGACUUGUUUAGUGAACAACGAAUAGAUGACUUACUACCAA